CCUCCUUGAUGGAUGGAGCUCUCGGUCCAUCGAGAAUUGAGAUUGUUGCCUGCACAAGAACAUUGGAGCGCAGAGUGUGAACCAAGAUGGAGGACAUCUUCAACAUGCUAUCGUCAUCCGCAAGGAUUGACAAGUCGAAGCGCAAGAAGAAAAAGAAGCGGCAGCGACCUCCUCAAGUGGAAUCAAUGGACGACAUUUUGGCACAAGACGGCAAUGCCAAUGACGAGCCAGAUGACGAGGAGGAGGAGGGUGUCGAAGAGAAGUCUCGUGAUCGCACUGGAAAACGCGAUACCAGCGAAGAAAAACUGAAGCAAGUUCGCAAGGAACAAAUUGCCGCCUUUCGCCGUUCCAUGGCAAUUCGAUUGGCCAACAAGCACGAUCCCGAUAUUCCGGAUCCAAUUUCCAGUUUUCAUGAUCUGACUCCUCCCACGUGGUGGAAGAGCGGCCAAGCCAUGUCCAGCUUUUGGAAACCCAUGCUGGUCAAUAUUGAAGCGGGCAGAUGGAAAGAACCAACUCCCAUUCAAAUGCAGGCCAUUCCAGCACUCAUGCACCGUCGUGAUUUCAUUGGAGCUUCUGCAACAGGCAGUGGAAAAUCUGGUGCCUUUCUCUUGCCAGCUCUACUCUUGAGCAGUGCUCCUUACGAGGCAUUCUAUGAUGCUAACAACAACAAUACUAGUGAUGAUGCUGACAAUGGCAAGAAGAAAAAGAAAAAAUCCAAAAAGAACGAAAAGAAACAAUCCGCCAAAAACAACCAACACCAGCCAGUUUCUAGACAAGGAGAGAUUCGAGGUCUGGUCGUGGCUCCCACAUUGGAGCUGGCGUCCCAAUUACAUCGCGAGGUGGAACGAUUGGGACAGGGAAAACCCGGUGGUGUGGCCUCACUGCUCCUUUCCAAGUCCAAUGCUGCAAAUGUCAUUGCCGGGUCUGCCGGUGGCAAGAAUGGUUUAGAUAUCUUGGUUACCACUCCUCUUCGAAUUGUGGACUCGAUUGAGAAGGGACUACGUCUAGAUGCUGUGCGUAUCGUCUGUCUGGAUGAGGUGGACCGUCUUUUUGACGCUGCUGACGGUUCGACGCCCACUCGUCACCCAAGGAACCAGAAUCCGGAUGACUCUUCUUCGGAAGAGGAAAACCGUAGUGACAGUGAGGAGGACGACGACGGUGACAAGAAACCAAAAGCCGGAAAGAACAAGGGUCGAAAUCCCAAGCAACGGCAAAGUAAAGACAACUCCACUGCUCAAACACAGCAACAAUCCGGUUCCUCGCAAACAAAAUCAUUCUUGGCUCAAAUGGAUGUCAUUCUUGACAAGAUCCCUCCCACCGCAGCACGAUGUCUCUUUUCUGCCACUGUCACGCCCAUGGUACGAUCACUGGCAGAGUCGGCUCUACGAAAUCCCAUAGAUGUCACAAUUGCAGCACCCGGUACCCAUGGUGGCGCCAACACCGAUAUUGAUCAGCAGCUCAUGUUUGUCGGUAGAGAGGAGGGAAAGUUGUUGGCUAUGCGGCAACUAGCUCAACGGGGACAGUUAAAGCCGCCAGUGAUUGUCUUUACGCAGAGCCAAGACCGUGCUCAGGCCUUGUUUGGCGAACUCUUGUACGAUGGCAUGCACGUCGACGUCAUUCAUGCUGGACGAUCCAAAGCGGCCCGUGACAACGCUGUGGCAAAGUUUCGACGGGGAGAUACAUGGGUGCUCAUUGCAACGGACCUUGUAGCAAGAGGUGUGGAUUUCAAGAGCAUCAAUAUGGUCAUCAACUACGAUCUACCUACUUCAGGUAUCAGCUAUGUUCAUAGAAUCGGACGCACGGGUCGAGCCGGAAGGAAAGGUACUGCCAUUACAUUGUUCACCGAAGCUGACUUUGAACACUUGCGAACCAUUGCCAAUGUAAUGAAACAAUCGGGUUGCAAGGUCGAAGAUUGGAUGCUCAAUCUGCAACGCAACAACAAUCGCAGAGAUAAGAACAAGAACCCAUGGAGGAAUCGCAUCGAUACCUCGCAUUAUGAUAGAAAGAAGAAGAGGAGCAAGCAACAGCAGAAUGACAACGAAUCGGAAGACUAAAGAAUAGUUAGUUAUACUUGGAACCGGC